CCUCAUCUUCUACUUUAAUAAAAACUUAACAUGUUGAAGCUUUACAUCAAUGGCGUCUUAUCAUUCUUCUUAUUUCUCAAUUACGCAUCUUCUCUCACCACCGACGGUCUCUCUCUGCUCACCAUUAAAUCCGCCGUAGACGGCGGCGCCACCGUCUUUUCUGACUGGAACGAAAACGACAGCAACCCGUGUCGCUGGACCGGCGUCACGUGCGCCAACAUUUCCGGGGUUUCAGACCCACGUGUCGUCGGUCUUGCACUCGCCGGAAGAAAUCUCCGGGGGUAUAUUCCGUCGGAACUCGGGAAUUUGGUGUAUCUACGGCGACUGAAUUUACAUGGGAACAACUUUUACGGCUCAAUUCCUGAUCCAAUCUUCAAUGCGACAUCGCUUCAUAGCAUAUUUCUGUAUGGCAACAAUCUCUCCGGUGAGCUCCCGUCAUCGAUGUGUAACCCAUCUCGUCUCCAAAACGUCGAUUUCUCGCAUAAUUCACUAUCUGGAACCUUCCAGAAGUUUCUAGGUACUUGUCGGCAGUUACAGCGGCUAAUUCUCGCCGGAAACAAAUUCACCGGCGAAAUUCCGUCAGGGAUCUUCCCGGAGUUAGCGAAUUUGGUUCAACUUGAUCUCUCUUCAAAUUCUCUCAACGGAUCGGUUCCUUUUGAUAUCGGACAACUGAAAUCAUUAUCCGGAACCCUAAAUCUCUCUUUCAACCAUUUUUCCGGUAAGCUACCGGAAUCUUUAGGUGAUUUGCCGUUAACCGUUAGUUUUGAUCUCCGGCACAAUAGUUUCACCGGAGAAAUUCCUCAAACGGGUUCUUUCGCGAAUCAAGGACCGACGGCUUUCCUAAACAAUCCAUCACUUUGUGGAUUUCCAUUGCAAAAAACUUGCCGGAAUGAUAAUUCUUCAACUCCUCCGGGAACCCAGAGUUUUACGCCGGCGAUCGACGACGGCGAUUCGAAAAAAGGGUUGAAACCGGGGUUAAUUAUACUGAUUUCUGUGGCGGAUGCUUUUGGGGUGGCGUUAAUUGGAUUAAUUAUUGUUUAUUUAUAUUGGAGGAAGAAAGAUUCAAAUGGUUGCAGUUGUACCGGAAAACGUCGAUUUGGAGGAAAUCAGAAAUCAAAGUUUUGUUCUUUCCCAUGUGUAAGUGGAUUUCCGAGCACGGAUUCCGAGGUGGAAUCGGAAAAGGGUAGUGGAGUUAGUGGCGGCGGUAGUGGCGGUGGUGGCGGCGUCGGAGGCGGCAGCGGGGGUGGAGAUGGUGGAGAGCUGGUGGCUAUUGAUAAAGGGUUUAGUUUCGAGUUGGAUGAGUUAUUGAGAGCUUCAGCUUAUGUGUUGGGGAAGAGUGGGUUGGGGAUUGUGUACAAAGUGGUGCUCGGAAAUGGGAUUCCGGUGGCGGUGAGACGGUUGGGUGAGGGUGGCGAACAGCGGUACAAGGAGUUUGCGGCGGAGGUUCAGGCGAUCGGGAGGGUAAAGCAUCCGAACGUGGUGAAAUUGAGAGCUUAUUAUUGGGCUCCCGACGAAAAGCUUCUAAUCAGUGAUUUCAUUUCGAACGGCAACUUGGCUUCCGCGCUACGUGGUCAAGCAUCAGCGGUUCUUUCGUGGUCUGCAAGAUUGAGGAUCACAAAAGGAACCGCAAGGGGCUUGGCGUAUCUCCAUGAAUGCAGUCCUCGAAAAUUUGUUCACGGAGACAUCAAGCCCUCAAACAUCCUUCUCGACAACGAGUAUCAACCGCACAUAUCCGACUUUGGAUUAAAUCGUCUUAUUAACAUCACCGGCAACAACCCAUCGUCUUCUGGGGGGUUCAUGGGUGGGGCUCUUCCGUACUUGAAGUCAACCCAAUCGGAAAACAUCAACAACUACCGAGCACCUGAAGCCCGAGUCUCGGCCAACCGUCCUACACAAAAAUGGGAUGUUUACUCUUUCGGUGUAGUGUUGCUUGAAUUGCUAACCGGAAAGUCACCGGAGCUUUCGUCACCGACAACCUCGACUUCGACCGAGCUCCCGGACUUGGUGAAGUGGGUGAGAAAGGGGUUCGAAGAGGAAACUCCGCUAUCGGAUAUGGUGGAUCCGACGUUGCUUCAAGAAGUACACGCAAAAAAGGAAGUGCUAACGGUAUUUCAUUUAGCACUUGCGUGUACCGAACGAGAUCCUGACCUUCGACCUCGAAUGAAAACAGUCUCCGAGAGUCUCGAAAAGAUCAGAUCAUAAGUCAACUUUCCGACCGGAAGAGUUGACUUAUUGUUAUUUUUGUUAAGUGAUAAGUUGUAGUUAAUAUGAGCAUAUUUUUUGGUUGUAAUGUAACAGAAAAUCAUAUUUUUGUUGAUUUGGGAUUUCAAAAAAAUCCUGUAUGGAAGGAAAGGAAU